AUGUACUGCCUUCGCUGGUGGAUCCCCCUCUUCCUCGUGCCCUUCCCAAAGGUCAGCCCGUUCUUCCUCAUCCUCUUCCUCCUCUCGUUCACCCUCCACUCUCGACCCUGCGUCUAUUGCGCAUUGAUCCUCUUCGGCCUCUUUGCCACUUCGGUCAACUGGUACCCUGAACUCGGGCUCGGCCCCAGUCCGGUCACCAUGACCACCUCGACGCAAGAGGCCAUUUCGCCGAAACCUGAGGCGGCGCCCUUCUACCCCGGAUCGAUCCUCGCAUCCAUCGACGCCGCGCCCACCGGAUCGGCUGUACCCACGCAGACGGGCAUCGUCCCUCCUGCUGUGGAACAAGUCCUCCUGCUCUGGCUUGGCCUGGACGUCGAGCGGGUCGUCGUUCCGGAGAAGGUCUUUGUCGGGCUCGGAAGGGCGGGCGGACUUGGCUUCUGGAUCAAUCUCGUGCCCGGCGGCGGCGAAGGUCCGCCAGCGGCCCCAAUCAGGACGUUCACAAGCUGA